GUUCCAAACAGAUCUGAAUCCACCAGCGAAGAAGAAGUGAAUGCGCUAACAGACGGCGGCGACAGUUAGCGGCUAACGUGGAGCUGAAGUCAACGUAAUGUCUACAGCCUCUAAAGUGGUUCUGGGAGUUUCUGUGGUUCUGACUCUGAGCACCGUGGCUGCUGUUCACCUUAAACAGGGCUGGGACCGCCAGCGUCUCCACACGGGUGUACUCAGGGAUCUGGAGCGGUUGGAGAGGAAGAAGGAGAAUCUGAGGCUUCUGGAGGAGCAGAGGAUUCUAACCAGGCAUCUGGAGGAGGAGAGACGCCACAGAGAGACAGAGCUCCACCCACAGGACCGCCACUGAG